CUUGAGAGUAAUCUUCUCUCUGACUUGGUAAAACCCUAACCCUAGUUUUCUGAAUUUGAAGGAAAAGAAGGAUAAUAUAUGGGUUCUGAAGAUAGCUGGAACAAGAUGGACGACGGCACUAGUUUUCAACCAUCUGAGCCGGCUCCAUGCGCCAACGGCUGUGGCUUCUUCGGCAACCCAGCGACUAUGAACCUCUGCUCCAAGUGUUUCAGAGACCUUCGCGUCAAGGAAGAGCAGGCGGCUUCGGCUAUAGCCGCCAUGGACAAACUGGUGAAUAAUCAGAAUCAGACGGUGUUUUCAGGAGAGGUCCGUGUGGGGCCAUCUUCGUCGACCAAAUCAUCAUCAUCAGCACCGUUGGUUGUGCCGACUGUUGGCGUUGAUCAUCAGACGGAGGCCCCGAAGGUGCCGUCGAACAGGUGCUGGAGUUGCAGGAAGAAGGUAGGGGUGUUGGGGUUCGCGUGCAAGUGCGGGAGCACGUUCUGUGGGAACCACAGGUACCCAGAAAAGCACGAAUGCCCCUUCGAUUAUAAGGGUGCGGGACGAGACGCCAUUGCACAGGCUAAUCCGGUGGUGAAGGCUGAUAAGGUGCAAAGGAUCUGAUUUCUUAAUCAAACAAUCGGUUUAGAUUUAAAUUGUUUUUAGCUUUUUUCUUUCUUUUUUUCUUUCUUUCUUGUAUCUUGGAUAUUAAUUUUGGUUGGGUUGGUUGAGAAAGCAUUGAGGGUCGAUUCCAUAAUAAAGUGGAACAGCCAUUAAUUGUUUGUAACUUCUGUUGUCUUACCCUUCUUGGUAAGGUUUCAUUGUUUCAAGUAAAAUUGCAUGUUCAAAAAACAUGAAUCGACUCUAUGAAUGAAUUUCGGUCUUAUAAUGUUUAAUAAAUCUAAAAUGUAA